CGGGCAAAUAGUCCAACUUGCAGCGCUCCCUCCUCCAACAAGUCGAGGAUGACCCCGAUACUCGUCCCUCUCGCAACGCAUUCCCAGAUUGCGAGGACGCCCUCGGGAGAAGAUGGACUUCCACAGGAACUUGAAGAAGACCUCCGAGCUUUUGGCUGCAAACUCAUACACCAAGCUGGUAUCUUGCUCAACCAAAAGCAGGUUGCAGUAGCGACUGCACAGAUACUUUUCCAGCGUUUCUGGUUCGUGACAUCCUUGAAGCAGUUUAGUAUUGGGGACAUCAGCAUGGGCGCACUAUACCUUGCUUCCAAGCUGGAGGAGUGCCCAAUUCGGAUGAGAGACCUCAUAAACGUGUAUGACCUGCUUCUCCAGCGGAACUCGCACGAACUCUCUUUGCACUCGUCUCCUCCGCCGUCGUCCCCGUCACGUAGACCUCAGCCUACACAUGUCCCAGGCCAUAGUUUAGUUAUGGCCUCGCCCGCUGCAGCCGCACCGUCUCCGUCGAAUGGCAAAACCAAGUUUAAAUAUACGCCAAUGGCUUACUUCAGCGAUGCGUUCUACAACCUCAAGGACGCACUCGUCGUCGCUGAAAUGCAGAUUCUCAAACGCCUGGGGUUCAACAUGCUUGUUGUCCUCCCAUACGGCACACUCAUCAAUUACCUCCGCCUGCUUGGGCUCACUAACCACAAGGAGGCAUGCGGCAAGGCGUGGGGGUACCUCAAUGAUGCGUUAGUUUUUUUGCCGCCUAUUCUCCUCGCUACUCGGCACCUAGGGAUUUCCCUGCCUUCGACGCCACCAAACUCGUGGUGGGACUUGUUUGACGCCUCCUGGGAAGACGUGUGGAUCGUGUGUGGGCACAUCAUGCGACUGUAUCGGGAUCGUACUUUGGAGGAGCGACUCGAGGUGAUGCGUAUGGUGAACAAGAAGGAGGUCAGGAAGUGGUUGGAAGAAAAUAACUCUUUGUAAUGCGACUUCAUUCGACACUCGCGAGAGCAUUGCAGGAUUGGCGUUUUACAGCAAUUACCUUGCAACCCAGACGUCUUGUCUUCCAUGCAGGUCUAGUUGAUGAUGCAAUAUCACCUUGUUUACAAGGUCACUG